CGGACACACAACGCAACAUAUAUUAUCCAGAAAUGCAGACUACUUAUUAGAGCUUUACAACACUUUUGUUUUGCAAUAAAGUAAGUCAUUAAUGAUAACAUUUAGAGGCAUUAGUAACCGAAAUACUUGACUUCUUAAAAUGGGAGAUAAAAAGCAACAAAAACGUGUUUUUAUCAACGACGUCGACAGGUAUUCCUCCAAACACAUCGCCAAGUUUUUAUCAACAUGUGUGACCGGAGAGGACUCUGAGGAGGCAGAAGCAGUGGAGACCCCCCCACAAAGUGGACCUGUUUUCCAGAUAGUGGGAACUUCCUCAACCAAAGAUGAUAAAGAAACCUCUCUGCUUGAACUAUACACGUCACCAACUCGAGAGGAUCUUCUUGAGCGCCUGCUGGAGUGUGACGUGGUGUUGUACAACAUCUCAGAAAGCACCUCAGAGCAGCAGGUUGAAGAUGCAACAUGGGCAAUCACAGCCCUUCAUGCUGAGAUUGAGAACUUCAAAUCUCGGAAAAUGUUCAUCCUGGUCUCAAGCGUGAUGACCUGGGCCAUGACCAAGUCUCAGAAUCCGGAAGAAACAAAUGUUCUGCUAACAGAGGAAGAGUUUCGAAGAAGAAGGCCGCAUCCAAACUUUAAAACCCACCAUAAUCUGGAGAAACUCGUGCUGGAACUGGGGAAAGGUAAAAGGUCCAAGCUAACUGGAUAUGUUGUAGCUUGUGGUCUUCAGUACGGAAAGGGAGAGAACCUCUUUCACUACUUUUUCAAGGUGUCUUGGUUGAUGCAGAUGCCACAAGUUCCUCUCUUUGGACGGGGCACAAAUCACAUCCCCAUGAUUCACGUAUAUGACCUCGGAGGAGUGAUCCAAAACAUAAUUGAACUCAGGCCGAGGACAAAGUACAUUCUUGCUGUCGAUGACUCCAAGAACACCUUAGAGGAAAUUGUAAAGAUGAUAAGCAAUACGCUUGGGCCAGGGGAAAUUAACCUCCUAUCAGAUCAGGACGCCAUCACCAUGAAGGCUUUUAAGCCAGAGGAAUUGGCGUACCUGAAUAUCAGCCUCCGCCUGGAUAGUUUUGUUAUAAAAGACUCCUUCAGUCUCGCCUGGACGUCUGUAGCUGGGAUGGUAGAAAACAUGGCGAACAUUGUGGAAGAAUACCAGAACACCAGGCAGCUACUUCCAAUCAGAAUCUGCGUGGUCGGACCUCCAGCUGUGGGAAAAACCACCGUUUCAGAAAAGCUCUGUAAUCAUUAUAAAAUUCACCACAUCAGGAUCAAAGAGGUCAUCAAGGAGAAGAUCACACAGCUGAAAGAGAGAAUUGAUGGAGCUGACCCUGAAAGUGUCAGUGAAGACGUAGCGGCUGAUGCUGCAAAGACACAACUGGAAAUCUGCAACAAAAGCAUGGAAAUGAAUGCAGGGCGACUGGCUGACUAUCUGGUUUUUGACAUUUUGCAAGAAAAGCUGAAUUCGCCGCCAUGCAGGAACCAAGGAUUUGUUCUCGACGGCUUCCCCAAGACCUAUGAGCAAGGAAAGCUGAUUUUCUCUGAGGAGGACCCAGAGAACCAGGAUGUGAUGAUCAAAGCACCUUUAUACAUCAAGAAGAUCACUCCAGAGCAUGUUUUCGCCCUCAAUGCGACGGAUGGUUUUCUGACGCAGAGAGCUCGGGGGCUUCCACAAAGCGUGGCAGAGGAGAUGAGAUACACCGAGGAGGAGCUUUCCUCUCGCCUGACCAGAUACAGAGAGUUCAGUGCCGCCGAGGAAACUCUGCUGGACUACUUCGAUGAGCUCGAGAUUCACCCAGAACAUAUUGAUGUCACUACAGACGAUCCAGAGUACGCAGACGUUGUGAAGAAGAUCACAGAGCUGGUGGGGGCUCCUAAAAACUACGGGCUGAGUCGGGAGGAGCAGGAGGAAGAGGAGAGAAAGAAGGAGGAAGAGAGGAAACAGAAAGUGGCUGCAGAGGCUGCUGAGAGGAAACGCAGGAACGAAGCAGCGCUGGCUGAGAUGGCUGCUCAGUACGACGAGUGGCAGGAGAAUUUGUCAGAGGUGCAGCGGCAGGAGAAGGAGCUUCACGACGCUCACUCUCUUCCUCUGAGGAAUUACCUGAUGAAGUACGUGAUGCCCUCGCUCACUGCGGCCAUGACAGAGUGCACCAGGAUCAAACCAGAGGACCCCGUCGACUUUCUGGCUGAACAUCUUCUACAGAAAAACCAACAAGAAUGACGAGGAAAUGACCCGAUAGAUGAUUCAGCCAUUGGUACUUGUUCUUACUUGAACCUGUUGCCUCGUGCUAAAUAUCAAUAAGAAUGACAUGUAAAAAAGUGUACUGUAAUUAAGAAAUGUGAUAUACUUGUACUUUUCUUAUAUGUUGAUGCCACUCUAAACUUCUGAUCUACUACAUUUAGUCCAUGUCAUUUGUCUAAAUAGUUCAAUAUGAAAACUUGAAUGUAAUGUAGAUAAAAUAAUACAAUUAAUGUAUUUCUUGCACGUUAUGUGAUUCAUUAAACUGUGCAUGCAGAAUGUGAAAUCUCAGGGUUCAACUUGAAGUCUGCUCUUUCAACACAAGGUGGUGCAGAAAUUCUAAUUCUUUGAAAACAUGUUUUCACAAAGCUAUAAAAGCUUCUUGGAUUAAAGUGUCUCUUUAAGUAUGUUUUUCAAUUCCAGUUAUAGACGAGAGAGUUCUCAUGUAGUUGGAUGCUUUGAAAAUGUGUCAUGCUUUGCUGUGCUUUUAUAAAAAAAUUAGUCGGGUGGUGGGAGAGGGCCUUUGUUAUAAAAUGGGUCAUAAAAUAAGAACAUUUGGCUCUAAUUGUUGUGGAAAUAAAGUGGAAUUUGCUUUGAUUCUUUGUGACGGAGAAA